GAAAAAGCUAGAUUUUGAGGAUCAAGACUGGUGAUGUUAUGAAGCUUUCGGUUUGUAAUUACCCAUUUUGAUCGUUACUUUCCUAUGAUUUUCAUUUCGCUUUGUUAUGUUGAAACGUCUGUAGUAGAGCUAGACAGAUAAAGUGUUUUGAUCUGCUAUAAAUGGCGGGAAAACAUAGACAGCGUUGUUGUCAGACCGCAGACAAAUUCUUCUAUGUAUUUUCAAAAUCGUUAGUAGCUCUAGAAGAAAAAGUAAACUGUAGAAGACAGUAAUCCUGUGUUUGAUGUUUUAAACGCAGUAUCAUGCCUGCUAUCGUUCUUAGCGGCGACUACGCCAAUCGAUGGACGAGAAGUGGCAUGUCUGAAUCUGGUGACGACUUCCGUAGUAUGCCGCAGCAUCCAACAAUUUCGUCUUCAUCUUUUGCCCCUGUGAUUCCGGGUGGAGAUGGUAUUACUUCUAAUACUAAGACGAGGGUAAGGGAGGACGUUGUAGUAGAAGACACCAGAAGUAGAACAAGGCAAUUUGCUCUCGCACAAAGAGGCUCUGCAACUUCUAGUAAUAUAGAAUUCUCUACUAGUACCGCUGGAUUAGUAGUAGACUCACAUCAGUCACUGUCACAGUCGGUUGGAGCAGUUUCGUCCUCUCGCACAAGUAGCUUCUCGGGUGAAGGUGCUGCCGAAUCAGGUACUGGCACUCUCGGAUCUUCAGCAUCCAAUAGUGCGGCAAUUCCUAGCUUGGGGUCGUCUUCAAGGGCUGGGUUGCCAAGAGGACCAGGACCGCCGCCGAUCAGCACAGUGAGGAGUCCGCACCUCGCCUCGAGUCCUCCAAUUGGGUCGCCUACGGAUGGGUUAGGAUCCAGCGCUCGACCGCCACCACUACCAACGGGUGGCUCGCGUACGGCGUCCGUCUCUUCUCCUACGCUAAUUGUGGGCACGGGUGGACCGUCCUCCUCUUCAUCUGCUUCAAUUCCUGGAGGAGGCUUGAAUAUGAAUCCCAAUAAUCUGCCAACAUCGACGCCGAGUUAUCAAGCGAUACACGAUCCGUUCCAGCAAUUUUUCCCCGCAUCAAGUGCCAGGAGUUUUGGGUCGGCGCGUAGCUCUGGAAGCGGCAGAAUGGUGGGGGAGUCGGCCAGAAGUAAUCCGGACUGGAUCACUCCACCAGAGAGCAGUCGAAGUAGUCGAUCAACCUAUUCCACUGCGUCCCCACACUCGAGGAUGAGCUCGAUUCCAGGUAAUGGGAGACUUAAGGUUGUAGUUGCUAAAAAUACAAUUUUCAUGUUGGUGUCGUUAGUCAUCAUGAAACACUCAUUCUUUGUUUCAGUUGUAUUAGUUUUAGUGCCUGCUCUCUUUUUUCCAACCAGAUCCUGACACGGAGAAGAUCUUUUUAGACACGAAGAGUGUUUUUUCCUAUGCCAGACACGGGCACGCGAAAAUAGUGGAAAGGUGUCUGCACAACGGGUUCGAUCCAGACUCGCAGGACCAUUUUGGCAACACCCUUUUCCACGUCGCGGCACAGAACGGAAACAAAAAAAUUGCAAAGCUCGCGAUUAAAUACGGAGGUACUGUUAUUUAACUUGUUAAAUUCUUGGUUGAUUGUCUUUACGUAUUUAAAGCUUGACUUGAUUUUGUUUUUGUCGUGCUGUUCGUGAUAAUUCGUAUUGCUUUGCAAUAAAGCAACAAUAAUGUCGUGGAGGUUCUUGAAUCGAGAGACCAUGUAAGGGGCUCAAGGACCUAUACUUAUAUCCAUAUGGUACUUCCGAAAUGCGUUCUUGAUUGCAAUGUUACUUAAUUUUUCUCGAAAAUGAUUCUUCAGGCGACAUGGAUCGGCAGAAUCUGAAAGGCAAUACAGGACUGCACUUCUUCUUUGCCUACGGUUACCACGACGUAGCCGAAUAUUUCAUAAGUAAGGGUGCCAAUCCGUCGGUUCGCAAUAUCUACAAGUUGACGUGUCGACAGGGCCUCAAGGCUUAGAGGAAUCUGGAGUGUGGAAUGGAGGUGGUUAUGGGUGCCUCUAGUAUCUACUAAUAUGCUUACGAAAUUUAAACAAGUUUACCUUAUCCUUAUUUUACAUCGUACUCUGGUUACUUGCGCCACGACAGAAGUGGAGGUUGCGAGUAGCAUUUGGGUCGUCGCUUACAAUAGUCAUUUUCAGAAAGAAACACAGAAUUUGAACUUCGGUACUCAAGAAACACAAAGUAGUUCUUUUUGACGUAGUAUAAGUCUCCAACUUCCCCAGUUAAGUUAAUCGUUGAUGUCAUCAAUUCAAUAGAGAACAUUUUUCCUAAGCCUAUGUCGCCUCUAGAUUCUAUCGUUCACGGCUUCGAAUAUUACGUUAUAGUAUGAAGUAUUUGAGGUCAUCACAUGCGCCACAGUACUUUGUUUCGUUGUUUGUUACAAUGAAUUCAACUGAUUUGAAGCAAGUAUGUAACCUCUUCAACUACCUGGCUAUUUUUGACAUUACAAGUGCUACUUGAAGUAGAACUUCCAACGAAAGUGGUACCUCGCUGCAAAUAUAUCUGACCAGAUCUUCAGAGUAUUACCGGUACAGUCGUUGUUAUUGUAGAGCUUCUUUUUCGUUCACUCGCACGUGUGUCUUUUCUCUCCUGGAACUUAUUUCUUAUCACAAUAUCGAGACUCAAAUAGAGAGUCUCGAAAUUUAAGAUAUACUUAUGUAUGGGAUCAUGAAUGUUGAAAACUUCUAUUGUGGAUCACAAACCGAAUCUAAAACUCGAGUUCUAGUUCUUGCGAAAGCCAAGAUUCAGGGAGAGUGUAUUGCUCGUGGUAAGAAGUAUGAAUGUGGUGUAGUCCUUUUUCAUUCCUAUCAGUUCCACAAACAAACCUCUGUCGCGCAGUACGAGUUAGACGAUUGUCGAUCAAUAUAGUAUUGCGCCUGCAAGCAGUAC